AUGGAGUCUAUGUCAAUCCCUGUCUUAGUUGGUGGUCUUGUUGAAUGUGUAGCCCAGUUGAUGAGAAUAGCUGAAGGGAUUUUACAAUUGAUUUCACAAGAGCAAGUUCCUUAUGUAGGACAAAAUGAUAGAACAGAACAAAUAGAAGCAGAUGUAUCUCCUCCUGAAGAAUCUUCAUUACCAGAUCUCGCUGAUCUCUCAGACUUAGAGUCAAUUCUUACACCAAGAGACAAUGAAGACCUAGUCUUUGAUAUAGAUCAAGUUAUGUUAGACAUUGAUGACUUAUAUGAAGAUACAUUCUCUGGUAUGAACGGUGACUUAAGAAGCAACUAA